ACUGGCUGUGUCUAGCUGCUGGCUGGGAAUGGUGUGUAGGGGCUGCCCUCUUUAUAUUUGGAGGCUCCAAAAGAAUCUCAGCUCCCUUUCAUGUGCCGCCUUGGUCCAAUAAAACACUGGGGCUGCCUGCAAGUGGUCUAAUCUCGGCGAGGUGUCAAUCAUGUUCUUACGGUGGUUGAAUUGCGGGUUUUGGUAACCGCCUCCACUGCUGGAAGAGGCGGACGAGAGGAAAAGCUUGCUUUGGAUCAAAAGCAUACAGACUGUCGCCGUUGGAUGUAGAAAGCUAGCACAGGCUGCCUUCGCCCAUAGGCUACGGUUGUAAGCAGAGGGACGCUGCUGGAUUUCUGGAUUAUUCGUAAAUCAAAUGGUUUUCUUUCACAACCCAAUGCGGAGAAAUGGGUAAACUUCAUUCGAAACAUGCUGCUGUGUGUAAACCAAGGGAGAGCCCAGAAGGCGACAGUUUCGUAGUUAAUGCCUGUUUGGCGAGGAAAGGAAUUGACGAUUGGAUCGUUAAACAGAGAUACUAUUGUACCGGGUCGCGCUUGGACCAACAGGACUGCCAGCAGAAAACUACUUGCAGACUAUCCACUCGGGACCCCUCCGAUGAAGCGUGCGUGGAAGGGAUCAGCGAUGAACUUUACCGCUUAGAAGUGGCCCUCCCCCCAGAGAAGACGGGCGGCUGCUGGACUGAAGACAAGAUCCCGGAGAAGGAGAGCCAGGCGCCCGAGACGGCCAAGAAACAGCUCAAGUUUGAAGAGCUGGAGUGUGCUGUGUCUCUGGAGGAGGACAACAGGCAGGAGUGGACGUUCACUCUCUACGACUUUGACAACAAUGGCAAGGUCACUCGAGAGGACAUCACCAGCUUGCUGCACACCAUCUAUGAGGUGGUGGAUGCGUCAGUGAACCACUCCCCCAGCACCAGUAAAACCCUGCGGGUCAAGCUCUCUGUGGCCCCCGACUCCACCCAGAAGUGGAAGGGCACCCUGCACAGCUCUGGAGACGCCCCGCACCCCAGGCAGAAGGCCGACAAGAGCGUCGACGACCCCAAAAGCUCGGACAAGAAGACGCGAGCCCCUCUCAGACGGCACCACAGCGACCACCACACCCAGCAGGGCUGCAUGCGCCACUGUGUGGACGAGAACCUGGAGCGCCGGAACCACUACCUGGACCUGGCCGGCAUCGAGAACUACACGUCCCGCUUUGGAACGGGUGCCAGCGCAGAGCCGGGAGCAGGAGGUCAGAGCAGGUCGCGCUCCCACGAGCCAGAGAACGGGCUCUCGAACCCGCACCAUCGCCGUUCGCAGGCCGCCGACCCCCCGGGCCCCCCGGCCCCGCCCGCCGAGCCCCCCUGCCCCCGGCUGCGCGGCCAGGACUCGGGCAAGCACGCCCUGCGCUCCCCGAAAACGCACGGGCGCGCCCCGACCGCGCACCCCUCCGGGAGGGCCAUGAGGAGCCGGGGCGCCCCUCCCCCGCCGGCGCUGCUCAGCCCCAACCCCCCCUACCAGCCCGCCGCCCCCCACCGGAGGCACAGGCAGCGGGCCAAGGAGGGCCAGCAGCAGGCCCACCGCGGCGUGCUGGGGGCCCCGGGCCCCGUGCUGGAGAAGGAGCAGGUGCGCGACCUUCCCAGCAUGCUCCUGUACGAGGGCGGCGUGGGCCAGGUGGUGCAGCGGCACGAGCACCACCACCACCACGAGCACCACCACCACUACCACCACUUCUACCAGUCGUGAGCCCUGGACGGCUGCGUCGGCGCCAGCGUCGCCAUGCCAACCGGGCGCCGCGCCCCGCCCCGCCCGCUGCGCGCGGGCGUUUUCACAACUGUACAGAGACCUCUGCGGACUGGGGAGGUGCUGGGAGGAGCACAGGAGGAGCAGAACAAGAGGAGCAGAGCAGGGGCCUCCUCAAGUGGCAGGGGGAGGGGAUGGGGCGGGGCGGGGCGGGGCUGGGCUGGGCGGGGCAAGGCCAGGGUAUUUUUUAGGGAUGGGGAAGGCAUGAGCGGGUGGCUAGGCUUACAGGAAUCCUCAGAAACCACAAGCUUGGCUCUUAUGUGUUCAGCUAAGCUUGGGGCUUGGGUGGGGGGGUGUUGGUGCCCAGUCAGUGUCUGGGGGGGGUGGGGGUGUUGACCCACAUCUCACCUGAACACUCUGCACUGACCUCUCUGGUUCUCUGAAGCCCUGGCUGGUGAACUGACCUCCUAAAGCCGGGAGGGAGGGGGGGGGGGGGGGUCAGAGGGAUGGGUUUGGCUGGGUAGAGGGUGGGACGAUGGGUGGGGAGGGGGGGAGGGUCACUGGAAUGGAAGGACUAUCACACACUAUGAUGCUAUAUAUGAAGAAAAGGACGAGGUCAUCGGCACAGCACCGGAUGGGCCUCUGGUUUGUGCCCGAUGGUGGUUGCUGGGAGACCAGGAGGACCCGGGAAUCCUGUCGGCUGAAGACCACUUGAAAAGCACUUCCUGGUGCUGUCGCUUCUAAAAAAAAAUAAAAAUAAAUACAUUUGCAGUCAGAACCUGGGCAUUUUCUACCGAGAUAAAGAUCCUGACUUUCACAAGCAAUACUCUGACACUUCUGAGGACAAUUUAAAAAAAAAGAAAAGAAAUGAAAGCAAGGCAUUUGGAUAAAAAUAUUAACUGAAAAUUGAAGACCCCAAACAGCUGCUACCUCUAGUAUUAUUAUGAUUAUUAUUGAUAUAAUUGUUGUUAUUAUUCAGAUGUUAUUUUUAGUAACAGAUUUUUAAUAUGUCACCUACGUGGGAGGUUUUUCACUCUGCAAUCGUGUAGCCUUGUGCUAUCCAUCAUAUUGUUUUUGUAUGUACAUACUGUAUGUGCCACGUUUUAACACUCAACUAUACACAAGCUACACUAACGCUGUGACGUACUUCGUAUCCGCACUCUGAAACUUGUAUCUUUGUGUUUAAAUGUUUGCUCGUCUCCUGAAUCGGUUCUCCCAAUAAGCUGUGUUUGAAGACCACUCUAAAGACGUAGAGCGACUAUCGUGCAGUAGUAGUCGAGCUGACGGUUCCUUCGAGAGGUGUUCCGUACUGCCGAUCGUUGCAGACGGUCCGCAGGAAUGUUGGCUAAUUAUGCACACUCUCAGGUACAUUUUGCUUCUCCGUUUUUCUAAAUCUGUGGUUUUUAAUUAGUGACAUUUGAUGCAGACUGUGGGCAAGUAGAAUUUAGGAGUCGCGCAAGCUAACAGGGGUGUCGCUAGCUCUUGGUACAGUUCUACUCAAUGUGUGCGUGUGCAUGUGUGUGUACGCAUGUGUGUGUGUGUGUGUGCGUGUGUGCAUGUGUGUGCACGUGCGUGUGUGUCUGUGUGUGUGUACGCAUGCGUGUGUGCAUGUGUGUGUGUGUGUGUGUGUGUGUGUGUGUGUGUGUGUGUGAGCGCGCGUGCGGAGUCUCUAGUUGGAUCAAGCAGAUGCUGUGGAAUGCUGGAAAUAUAUCCUGAUGGCCUGUAGUUAAACUAAGUCUGUCCAACAUGUGUGGAUGCCUUCCGUUCGCUGACUUAACCCAGAAGAAUCCGGAUCUCUGGGCCUGUGUCACCUCUAGGUCCGAGCCGUGGCGUGCCCCUGGUUUGGGUGGGGAAGCCGAGCCUGUCGGGUCCUGAUGAUCAGGGUCAGGCAGUGGGAGAACGCAGCCAGGCCCGGUGGCAUCUCAGGCCUCAGCUGUCAUCAGUGCUGUCACCGAGCAACCACGUGCUCUGGGGGGGGGGGGGAUCAGGGUCUACGAUCAGCCAACAUGACAUCACUGUUUACUGCAUGCCACAGAGUAUAUUUACUCUGCUGUCCCGCUCCACUGGUGCUAAACGAUACCAGGGCAGGACCAUCAAUAGCAAGUCUUCCCUUUCCCUGUCCCGGAGUGCUACCAGCUAUUUUGGCCUGUGACUACGAUUUUAAUGCGGAGGCUGACCUCAUCAGUCGUCAUCCUGCAAGCUGCGAGAUGGCUGGUCACGGAUCUCCACAGUGGAUUGACGUGGGCUCUGAACCCUUUAUACUGGAAGCCUUUCCUGAAAGAUGGAAGCUUCCACUCCACACCACUCUCCACCCCCUCGCCCCCCCUCCCCCCCCCUCCUCAGGGGGGUCCUGACUGCAGCCUGUUCCACCAUCCCUCACUCCGUAAAAUGGCAUCUGUUGUGGGAAAAUGGUCUCGUCGCAGCAGUCCAAGAGAUCCUUCGUGCGCGUAAGCUUUCAAGCGUAAAUUUACCCCCAUGAUGAGCAAAGGAGUUAAAAUUCCAUCUGCUUCAGCUGGCGGCUCCAAGUCUUUUGGGGGGGGAGAACCGUGGAUGUCUGCGCUGUCCCGAAUCGCCAGUGGGGUUCGUGCAUCGACACGGUUGCAGACGAUUGGCUGUACCAAAUUAGGGGUGGGAAUUGAACAUGCUCAAACCCCAUGUUGGGUGCCAAAUUUAUUUACUGGGGGGAAAAAAAAAAAACUCCAUCUGCUUUAGUUGAUUUGUGAGUUCCUGGAUACUCAUGUGAAGUGGGAUAUGUGGGGGAAUUCUCUGUUUUAAACCGAUGAUCUGUUGGUUGACCCUGUACCAAUUAACUGUGUGCACACAGCUUAGGGCCACCCUACGUGACUAGAUCUCGUUUGGUAAGAAGUUUGCUAAGAUUUUAUGUGAAGUCAAAAAAAU